AUGCCGCCUAUGAGCAUCGAGCACCGCAACACCUUGCAUCAGAUUAUGCGGGGUCCGUACAUGGAUAUGGAGGUCGCACUAGUAUGUGAGGCCAUCCAGAACGGCCUUGGAGGUCGCAUCAAGGUGAAGAAGAACAACGGCGGGAGCCUUACGUUCCCCCAUGGCCGCUGUAGGUUCUUACAUCGGACGACCGUGAGUUGGGGCUGGCACCCGGAUCAUGGCGGCGGUGGCAAGGGAAAGGGCAAGAAAAGGUCCGCGAAGGGGAAGGAUUUCCGAUCGGACGUAGUGGCCGCGUUGGGUCGCAAACUCAUCGAGGCGCUUGGCCUGGACAACGUCCAAGGCGGGUUUAACCUCCAGAAGUGGAACAGAAUCUGCGCUCGCAACUGGAAUGCUUCAUACUAUUCGUGCUCUUGCAAGUACGCGCGGGCGGGCCGCACUGUGGGGGUGGCUGUGCCCGAGGAAUACCUCCGCGCGGUCCCCAGCCCUUCCGCCUCACUCAGCUAUCCUGGCCUGCGCGGCGAGCGUGAGGAUCGAUACGGCAGCCUCCGCGUGGAGACGAAACGCAUCUGGACGCGCCGCGCGUUCCCGUUCGCCCUCGAUCUUGCCUUUUCCACGCUCGUCAUCCUCCUCGGUCUCGUCUAA